AUUAUUCAAUCUAUUAAUUCACAAAAUUUUCUGUCACAUGCUGAUUAUAAUAAUCUUCGAAUUCUUCAUUCUGAACCAAAAAAUCUUGUUGGGUCAAGGAGUCUUGUACUAAGACAUAUGGUUGAGAUGGAAAGCUUUGCUGAGACAAAAAAUAGUGUUGAUGCGAAAGGUCUUGGAGGUGAGAAUGUUGUUAAGACAAGAAAGUUUGUUGAAACUGAAAGUGCUGUUGAAGUGGAAAAUUUUGAAGUAGGAGGUGUUGUUGAAAUGGAAGGUAAUGUUGGGACAGAAGGUCUUGUUAGGACUAGAAAUAUUGCUGGGGCAGGAGGUUUUGUUAGAACAGGAGGUCUUGUUGGGACAGAUCUUUUUGUAGUUCAAG